AUGGUGUCUACUGGAGAUGUUGUCCGUGCUGUUGCAAGUGAGCGUUGGGAUAAGUUGAACCGUUUCAAUGCUUACAUACAAGGAGGAGAGAAAUUUGCUUUGGCAAUGGCGAUGAGCAGAAUUUGUCUGAGGAAAUGCAAUGGUAUUCUCUCUAUCUCUUCCUUUCAUAUCUCCUAUUCUGAUUUUUCUUCACGCAGUAGUAAAGUAAAGGGUAGAGUUGGGUUAAAUAGUAGCAGUAGUUUUGAGUGUUUAGAUGAUGCUGUGAAUCUAUUCCAUCAAAUGGUUAGAAUGAAACCUCUUCCUUCUCUUGUCGACUUCUCUAAAUUGUUUAGCAAUAUGAUAAGUAGGAAGCAUUACUCUGCUGUCCUUUCGCUCUUUCGAGAAAUGCUAACAAUGGGUAUCCCGGUUGAUGAAUUCAUCUUGAAUAUUGUGAUUAACAAUUAUUGCCUGAUGCAUCGUGCUGAUUUUGGAUUUUCAGUGUUACCUAUUUACUUGAAGAAUGGCACUCCGUUUAAUACUGUUACCUUUAACACCCUAUUAAGAGGAAUCUUUGCUGAAAAUAAGGUUAAGGAUGCAGUUGAAUUGUUCAAAAAAUUGGUGAGAGAGAAGAUUUGUGUGCCCGAUGAAAUCAUGUAUGCAACAGUAAUGAAUGGACUCAGCAAAAGGGGUCAUACUCAGAAGACUUUAAGUUUGCUCCGGUUAAUGGAACAAGGUAACACUCAGCCUGGCAUAUAUAUCUACAACAUUGUUAUAGAUGCUCUUUGCAAAGAUGGAAACUUAGAUGCUGCUAUCAACAUUCUGAACGAGAUGAAGCAGAAAGGCAUUCAUCCAGACAUAUUAACGUAUAAUUCAAUGAUUGAUGGUUUGUGUAAGCUCGGUCAGUGGGAAAAGGUUAAAACUUUGUUCUCAGAGAUGGUGAACCUUAAUAUGUAUCCAGAUGUGCGCACCUUCAACAUACUAACAGAUGGACUAUGCAAAGAAGGGAAAGUUGAAGAUGCCGAGGAAGUAAUGGAACUCAUGGUUGAAAAGGGUGUUGAGCCUAAUGUAAUCACCUACAAUGUGAUAAUGGAUGGAUAUUGCUUGCGUGGUCAACUAGAUAGAGCGAGGAGAAUUUUUGAUAUCUUGAUAGAUAAGGGCAUUGAGCCUGACAAUGUUAGCUAUAGCAUACUAAUAAAUGGAUACUGUAAGAAAAAGAAAAUCUCCAAGGCCAUGCAGGUGUUUCGUGAAAAUUCAAAAAAGGGAUCAAAGCCUACUAUUUGUACCUACAAUACUAUCUUGCAAGGUCUGUUUGAAUCCGGUAGAAUUGGUGAUGCAAAAACAAUUUAUGAAGAGAUGCUAUCAGCAGGGCCUGCCCCUGAUUUAUACAUUUAUUGUACUUUGCUUGAUGGUUAUUUUAAGUACGGACUUGUUGAAGAAGCUAUGUCACUCUUUAAUAAGUUGGAAAGAAAGACAGAAAAUAUUGAUAUUAUUUUUUACAAUAUUAUCAUUAAUGGAUUGUGUAAAAACGGUGAACUCGAUAAAGCUCAUGCUAUUUUUCAGAAGCUUUCCUCAAUGGGAUUUCUUCUGGAUGUGAGAAUAUACACUACAAUGAUAACUGGAUUUUGUUUGCAAGGGUUGUUAGAUGAAGCUAAGGAUAUGCUUAGAAAAAUGGAAGAGAACGGUUGUUUUCCAAACAAUGUCACUUACAAUGUUAUCGUGCGAGGCUAUCUUAGGUGCAGGAAAAUAAAUGAUAUGGUAACUUUAAUGAAGGAAAUGACUGGAAGGGGCUUCUCAUUUGACGCAACUACAGCUGAGUUACUUGUAAAGGAAAUAAGUGAGAAUCCUUCCGUCCUUGACAUGAUACCAGAGCUCCACACGGAAAACAGGAAGUGA